AAUCUCCAUGUGAGGCAGCAGCAGGAAGGAGCCUGUACGUGCAGUGAGGAGGGGAGGGCAGAGCAGAGCAGGCAGUCCUGAGGACACCAGCAAGCGGCCGUUCGGCUCUCACAUUUAUAAAUAAUUUACUUCUAUCCACCUGUGCCCAGAAUAACAAUCCGCUGACUGAAAUCUCCGCGCUGGAGCCAGGAGGCUGCCGGGGACUCGCUUUCCCGGGACCCUCCAGACCUGUUGGGAAGGGGCCUGGGUCUCCAGAGGAGCGGCUCCAAAGGGAUCUGCCCCUAGUGGGAAGAGGCACCGAGACACAAACACAGGAGCAUCCGUUCAGCUGAUCGCAUUAGGUCUUCACGCCGCUGCUGCCGCCACUUCGGUAUCUGCCUAUGCAGCCAUCCGUGCGGUUAGACAAACACCCAGACAGAGCGUUCGGGCAGCUCUGGAAACGUCUGUAGCUGCGGAAGCUGCCGAGCCGCUCCGCCGAGCAGCCGCAGGGAGAGGCUCCGCUUCCAGCAGCGGGAGCGUUAUGAAACAGGAGCGUGCCGGCCGCGCCGGCGGGGGCUGAGCGCUCGGCCGCUGGUGCAGGAGGCCAUGGAGCGUGCCCUCGCCGCCGCGGCGCAGCACCCCGGCGCCCCGUGAGCCGCGGGGCCGUGCGGGGGCUCACCGACUCGCCGCCGGAGGGACGGAGCCCCGCAGGCGCGGCGCGGCACGCUCCGGUGCCCGCAGGAUUACGGCUCUGCGCGCUGGAAGCAGGAUUAGCGGGAAGGGCAGCGGCAGCAGGAUUUACCGCUCUUCAGAUAUGCAUUACAGCUUUCAAUGACAUUUCAGUGGAUUGUCUGGGACUUUGCCUGGCUACAGCAGGAGUGCCUCGGCCACAACAAAAGGUCUGAGUAGCGGCUGUUGGGCAGCUCACGGAGCACGACGAUGGCUACACCCCGCGUGUGUGCGGAGCCCCUCGGCUGGGCGGGCGCCUGAGGCCGGCAGAGGGCUGCACCCGGCUGCUCCCUCUGCCGCGGGAAGAAGGCUUUUCCUUGGGAGAAGGCACCGAAAUGUUGGGCUGAACUUAUGGGAGGAACCAGUGCCCGGCCAGGCGGAGAUUCAGGGGCCCGUUGGGAGGCGUGAAGGGCCUGCUUUCAGUAAGGGCAUGGCCAAAGCUUUCUUCAGGCUACAGAAGUUUCUCCGUCGGACCCAGUUUCUGCUCCUCUUCCUCACAGCAGCUUACCUGAUGGCUGGUAGCCUCCUGCUGCUACAGCGGACCCGCCUCAUUAUCCAGCAAGGUUCUCGUGGGACCUCCGCUAGUCAGGCCCUGGCAGUGCUGGACGGGAUGGCCGGGGCUGGGAUCAUGGACCCCGGGAUGCUGCAGAACCCGCGCCCCGGUCCCAGGCUGCUGGUGGGCAUGGACGCGCUGCAGGAGUCGGCCCUGGGCCAGCGGCACAGUCCGCGGUGGCUCGUGUCCCGCAACUCCGAGCUCAGGCAGUUGAGGAGAAGGUGGUUUCACAGGUUCAUCAGUGACCAGGAGCCCAUGCAGACAGAGGGAUUCAAAGCGAUGAAGCACACUGCCGAACACGAAGGCACCUACGUGGGAUGCUUCAGCGAUGAUUCAAGGGAGAGGACGCUGAAGGGAGCAGUGUUUUAUGACUUAAGAAAAAUGACGGUAUCCCACUGUCAGGAAGCUUGUGCCGAGAGGGCUUACACCUACGCGGGGCUGGCGUACGGAGCAGAGUGCUACUGCGGCAACAAGCUCCCCACGACCGCCUCGAAGCCUGAGGAGUGCAACAGUGAGUGCAAGGGGGAGAAGGGCUCUGUCUGCGGAGGGGUGAACCGGCUCUCGGUCUACAGGGUGGAGGAGCUGCAGGCAGGAGCCAGACGACGGAGGAAUGUUAUCUAUCGAGGAUGUUUUAGAGCUCCAGCAAAUUUAACAGACACCUUUCCAGCCUCUCUGAUACAGCCCAAUUUGACGGUGGAGAUGUGCUCUGAAUUUUGCUCCAAGAAAGAGUUUCCCUUGGCAGUGCUCCGAGCACGGGAGUGCUACUGCGGCUACGCCACCGGGCGCUUCUCACUGCACAACGGGGCGGAUGCGCUGCUCUGCAGCGGGCUGCACAACGCCAGCAGUGCCGCCAAGGGACAGUACUGCCUGGUCUAUCAGACCCCAGUGCAAGACACCCGCUGCACGGACAGGAAAUUCUUAACCACCAAAUCCAAAGUGUUUGUUGCUUUGUCAAGCUUUCCUGGGGCUGGGAAUACGUGGGCUCGCCAUUUGAUAGAGCAUGCCACAGGAUACUACACAGGAAGCUAUUACUUCGAUGGAGCCCUCUACAACAAAGGUUUUAAAGGAGAAAAAGACCACUGGAGAAGUAGAAGGACCAUCUGUGUGAAAACACACGAGAGUGGCAAGACAGAGAUUGAGAUGUUCGACUCGGCGAUCCUGCUGAUCCGAAACCCGUACAAGUCGCUGAUGGCGGAGUUCAACAGGAAGUAUGCCGGGCACCUGGGCUAUGCCACCGACCGCAACUGGAAGAGCAAAGAGUGGCCCGAUUUCGUGAACAGCUAUGCUUCCUGGUGGGCCUCCCACGUCCUGGACUGGCUCAAGUACGGGAAGCGCCUGCUCAUCAUCCACUACGAGGACCUGAAACAGAGCCUCAUCCCCAAGCUGAAGGAAAUGGUGGAGUUCCUGAACAUGACGGUGACAGAGGACAGACUGCUCUGUGUAGAGAACAACAGGGAUGGGAAUUUCAAGCGGUCUGGUGCUAAGCAAAAGGAUUUUGAGCCAUUCACCCAGGAAAUGAAAAAUCUUAUCAACAGAUACAUCCUGACAGUGGACGAAGCCCUGAGGGGAAGAAACUUCACAGGGCUGCCCAGAGAGUACGUGCCAAGAUGAUAGCCUGGUAGCACUCGGUACUGAGGCUAAAAAUAAGAUAAUUUUUUCUUAAAAAAAAAAAAAAAAAGCUAAAAAAUCCACAAAAAUAGUAAUAAAACAGGAACAGAGCUUGAUAGUCGUUAAAGAUACUUGUGGAGUCUGCUGAGCAGCGCAAAUUCUCCCACUCGAGGGUGUUCUUCAGAGCACUAAGUGCUCCAGAAGGCAAGCAAUGAAGGAUGGAAAUGGGGUUAUAAACCAGGGCGAAAAGCUGUUAGUGUCUACCUGCGUGUGCCCCUCCUGCACCAGCGGCUCAGAACCUCACAGGGAGCAUCCCUGCUUCUGCUGUGGGCAUCCUGCCCUGCUGCCACAACAGACCUGCCAGGGGCCACAUGGGCUCCCACAGCACCACGUGGGACAUGGAUGUACAGAAAAGAGGAGAGGAAAAAAGCCUGAACAUUGAUGGACAAUUUUCAUCUGAGCAGUUAAGAAAGUCGCUUUCUUCCAGUACAGCCCACGAGCUUCCCUCCAGGUUUGCUGGUCGGGUCACCUGCCACAAUGGUGUCAGAGGCGCAGGGGAAGAAGGUGCCCGUGUGCUGGGCAGGGGGUGCUUCAGGACCCACCCCAGGCUUCCCUGCAUGGCCAGGGCCACGCGUGCUCCAUGGGGAGGUGAGCAGCCACAGCGUGCCCCCACAGUGAGGUGACCUGGGGCCUGCAGGACAGAACCUCAGCAUGGCCCGAGGUGGGCUGGGUAUCGCCAGUCCCAAACGUGGCCCCAGGCGCACAGAGGCGGCCUCAGAGGGGUGGGAGAGGAGGGACUGCACCCGUGCCAGUGGCUCAGCACAGGUUUCAGCACCUCCAUCUCUGUCACCAGUCAUAGUGAGCCUGGGGAGACGCUGGGGCCAAACGUCAUCGUGCUUGGUGCACUUGGUGCUAGAAGUGACCAUGUCCAGGCAGCACUGACCAGCCGGGGAGGGGGCAGAGGGGAUGAGCCGCAGCACAGGCAGGAUCCCACCUCCCCUCCAGUCCCCACAGGAAGACCAAGAUAGCCCAACGUGGCUGCUCCCUGGAGCCAUGUGUGGUUUAUCUGUGGCUCGCUGGGUUCCCUGCAGCUCAUUUCACCGUGUGCUGGGCUGUGUGUGGUGUGGAGGGGUUUGGCCUCCUGGUCCUGCCUGCAGGCAGGGGCUGCCAGAGCAGCUCGGAGAUGGUCAAAGCACCCAGCCAAAGGGGCUGCCCUGCUGCGAGAUGCUUCUGUUCGUGUGAAAUAAAGGAUUCCUUGAAAACUUGA